CAAGAGCGUUAAGGAAAUAUGCCCACUCCAUUUUAAUCUUUCUUAUUUUACCCUCUUAUUUUUUAAUAUUUCCAAAUUAUCCCUUUUAAAUAAAAAAAAAAAUUGAGAUGAAAAACUAUUCUAUUUUUCCCCUAAAAUGGAGCACAAACAAGAAGAGGAAGAGAAAGUGAGAGAGAAUGGUGAAGUAGCUUGGGACGACCAGAAAGUUGUUCAAUAGGAGGAGUGAGUGGAGGAAGGAAGCAUCCGAGGCUCAUCAAUUAGCUCCACCACGUCCCUCCCGAUCUUGGCCUUGGAGUUGCCGCCUUUGGAUACCUGCUCGCAUCAACCAAAUGAUUUUGUUCUUUCUCUUCAGUCUCAAUACGCCAUUUCAAUCUACCCUAAUCAACCAUGGACAUGUUAUUUGUGUUAGAUGAUUAUUUUUUGUUAAUGGGUUUGGUUAUUGUUAUUUUCAUUUGAAUGGAUUUUUAUUCAUUUAUUUUUGGGGAUUGUGGUUGCACUUAUUUGUGAUCUUAUUUGGAUGAUUUGAUUUCUGGGCAUUUUGGGAUUUUAGGCCAUUUUUUUUCCCUGCGAUGCGAUUGAUUCCUAUAAUACUAUGAUAAAUUGGUGAAUACAAAUAUAAAUUACGGGGUUGACUUUGAAUCGUUUGAGCAUUUUAUUUGUGUGGGUGUGAUGUGAUGUCAUUAAUAAAAGGGAAAAAAACAAAAUAAACAGGAUGGAUAUUUAUGAGCUUCCCCAUUUUUUUUCCCCCCCUCAUUUAUAACCUAACGAUAAUAAAGAAAGUUGAGCAAUUUUGACAUAGAUUUCUUGUUGAAUCCUUGUUUAGGUUGGAAAUUUUGCUUUUGUUUUUCAUAAUGAUCAAGGAGGAUAAGGAUCUCAUGGUUCUUUGAUCUCAAGGAAAAAUAAAACUUUUAAGUAUGCUAGUUUUAAAACUGCUAGGUGGGGCAUUAACUUAGUUCCUUAUGGAUAAGCUCAAAAUGAAUGUAUUAGCCUGUAAAGAGAUUUAAAUAUGGUGUUUUCUUGAUAUUUAAAUAGAACGCUAUUCCAUGUUUUGCUUAUAGUGCAUGAUGGUGCUGACCAAAAUAAGGACAAAAGUAAUGCAUGGAAACAGAUGGUGCAACAAAAAUAGUCUAGUAAAUGUAUUAUUUAAUCUUUUAUUUUACAUUGCUAUGCUGCCUUUAUUUUCAUCCCAUUCGUUGUGAAGCAAUAAAACUUGUUGUUAAGCCGGUUAGCCAAAGAUUAGCAUCCUAUGUGAGUAGGUUGAUUUAUGAACUUUAAAUCUGAGUUUCUUGAAUUAUGUCUUCUAAUAAUUAGUUUGGUUUAGGCUAAAACCAAAACCUGGUAGGUUUGGAGACUUAUCUAACUCCUUGCUCCUUGCUCCUUUCUCCUUCUCUUUUUCUUCUUCUUCUUCUUGUCACCACUCUUCCCAUUCCUCUGCUUCUCACUAACUCUUCCCAUAUAUCCAUCUCACACAAUUAUCUUGAAAGAGAUUGCCCAUGUGUAUGGUUGAUAGAGAAGAAUAUAGGUUUUAUGGUUUAAAGGGGCUCUUGUGUUCUCAAGACUGGAAUAUUUGUUUAUUUCCGCAAAUUAAUAAUUAUAUUUCUACCAGUAUGGGAAAGUACCUUGCUAUGCUCAUCCACAUUUAUGUUUGUGUUGGGAGUUUGUAUUUUUUUCCCUUUAUUUUUGGGUGUUAGCCUUUGUUAUCUCCUUAUGUCAUAAGCAUAAAAACCUUAAAGGCUAAUUUUCUUCGUCUGCUAAAUCUCAAUGCAGUUCUACACAUUUUUGAUACAAGUCUAGUGACUUUGUCAUUACUUCCACAUUUUAUAGCAUUUUUCAGUGAUGGAGAAAUAUCUGGAACUCCUGGGACCCUUGCCACUAGAUUUCUUGCCCUUGGUAAUAUCCGAUUUAGCUAUUUUUUCUAACUUAACUGGUUGUAUCAUUGGUAGUUGCAAAUACCACAACUAUCGAUUUAAUAUUUCUUACUAACCUUAAUGUGUGUAUUUUUUGAACUAAGAGUUUUUCUCAUGCUUGCUCAAGUCACCUCAAAGCCAGUUCUACCAUGUAGCUAAAUCUUAAUACUAAACUUAUAGUACUAAGAGAAAUAACCUAAAUCUCUCCCCAAGUCACCAAUACAAGUGGGCCUACAUUACCUAGUAAAAAGUUAACCAAUAUUCAUAUAUUUUGACGUAUGUCAUACCUCUUGGUUUAUGAACAUGGACAACGGUUUAAAGACUGAAGGGGCUUUCACAUUUUCUCUCUCCUUCCCUCUCUCUCUCACAUUCUGAAAAAAUAAAAAUGGCAAGUUUGAGAAGGACAUUGAUGAUUGUCGAUCGACUUCUAAAAUAGAUGGCCGCAAUCCACCGCAGCUCCCUUGCAGCAACAGCAAUUGAGCUUCCUCUUUUAUUCCCAUGGAGAGUCUGCUUUGGUCACUAUUGGGUUGUGUAAAUGCUGGGUUUUAUCGUUUCUAUUUGAACAAUUUCAACCCGCUUGCUAUCGAUCUCUCAGACGAAGAGAGCAAGAGGUGCCUAUUCAUCAUACUACUAUACAAGAGCAGACAACGUGGGUUUCUGGAAUUGGAUUUGGUUAUAAGAAAAUGGGUGGAGGAGCAUAUCCAUUCUAUGGAUGAAAAUGGAAUCAAAGCUCUUUGCCAUGUCCUUGACCUGAAACUAGUCGAGCUCCUUUUUGAUUUUCCAGAAGCGGAAGCUGAAUCAACUGCAGGCUAUAAUGUGAAUGCAAUUUUUCCUAUGUCUUUCUUAUGCUUACAAGAGGAGAGGUAAGAUAUGCGUUUUCAUAGAGGAAAGGAAAGCAGGGAUUUUUUUUUUUUUUUUUUUUCAAUGGAAUUGUAGGAAUGUAAUUAGUAGCGCAAUUGUUGGAUGUGUGAUUUGGUAAAAAAGUCAAUAGUAUUAUGGUAUUAUUUUGUUAAAAAAGUCAUUUGUGGUAUUAUUUUGGUAAAAUAGUAUUGUGUGUUAAGUAUUUUAUAUGUUAUUUACAGUUAUAGAGUGGUAUUCGAUAAUCAUGAUAAUACGAUAUUAAUGUAUUUAUGGAAUUAUGGUGGAAAA